AUGGCCCCGCCCGAUCCGGCCAUGGCGUCACCCACCGGCUUCGCAACAUCGCUGCGCUUGCAGCCUCAAUUCACGCCCUCUCCAGACCUCGAUGCAGAGUCGCAGGUACCUCGUUGGAUGGAUAUGGCAGCAACGACGCCCGACACAGAUGCUAUCGCCCAGAUCAGCAGCGGCGCGGGCUCGACCGGAAAGGGCAUCCUGAUCGGUAUCCUGUCUGCCUUUGGAUCUGCCGGCAUCGCCAUCCUUGUGCUCGCCAUUUUCCUUUUCUUCAAAUAUACCCGACGUGGCCGUAUCCUGCUCGACCGCAUAGGCCGCCCUGGAGAGUUUGACGAUGAACAAGCCUUCGUCCGGGAAGAGGCGGAAGCCUUGGAGACUAUGGACGAUCUAACUCGGGCUGAGUAUCUACGUGCCAAAGCUUUCGUCCAGGCAAACCCUCCGGAAACCAUGCACACCGAUAUCUCGUUGUCGCAGUUCCUUGCCAUUCAAGAAAAGGGAGUCUCAGCGUGGGAGUUUGAACCAGAGCUAGAGAUCGCAAACUGCUUCGUCGAAGGCCGUACAGAGAUAGAAUUUUUCGACUCGGAGUGCAGCGUGCAAACGAACUUACCCGUCCCGAAGCAGAAUGAUGUGUAUUACUGGGAAGCAAAGAUCUACGAUAAACCCGAUUCCACUCUCCUCAGCAUUGGCAUGACGACAAAACCCUAUCCUCUAUUUCGAUUACCAGGCUUCCACAAAAUGUCGGUCGCUUAUCAGUCGACCGGCCAGCGAAGAUUCAACCAACCUUUCAAGGCCCCACCAUACGCCCCAGAGUACACUCAAGGGGAUGUUAUCGGGGUAGGAUACCGUCCGCGGUCCGGGACUCUUUUCUUCACGCGGAACGGGAAGAAGUUGGAUGACGUGGUGCAUGGUUUAAAAGCGCCAAACUUCUUUCCCACCGUCGGCUCCAACGGACCAUGUACAGUGCAUGUCAAUUUUGGACAGAUGGGCUUUGUUUUCAUCGAGGCCAAUGUGAAGAAAUGGGGGCUAGCCCCCAUGACAGGUAGUCUUGCACCUCCGCCACCAUACGGUAGCGAGCAAGGAAGCAUUCUUCUCGAGUCCGGGCGCGAAACCGCAGCUCCUCGAGGAUAUCUUGAUGCCGGGUACCACGGCUCACGCUUGAUAGCACCUACCAGCCCGGGCCCGAUUCGUUCACCUACCGACAUUUCUCUCGCGCAGCUCGCACACAUACCGUCACAUGAAGACAUCGGAGUAGGCUCCAGCCGAUUGGCCGUGGCAAGCCCGCCUCCGGAAUAUUCAAGUCCCAACUUGAGUCGCCGCAACAGUAGCGACAGCGACGAGGACAGAAGCUCUCUCUACCCACCUGGAUACACCGCAGUGGUAACGGACGAAGAGGACUCACGAGAUUACGAACCACAGCGAUGA